ACCUUAUCCAGGUCCCAGCUUUGGAAUUGAUCCUACUGUACUUAUGUAACGUGGGGCUCUCAUGUUUCAAUUACUCCCCUACAAUACCUAGGAGGUAUUUACAUGUCAUAUUAAAUUGAACAGGUAGAAAUCUCCAAAUUGCGGCGACCCGUACAUCUCAGUACCCAGGCAGAAACAUUUCGCUCUCGAGCUCAUUUGAUCAUACCUUCCUAUAGGUAUUAUGUAGCUACCUAGCGAGACUCGCAAGCGACCUUAGGGGCAGCGCGGGGGCUUCCUGAGGCAGGAGUUCAGGACUUCGUGUAAGUAUACGUAAGUAGACAGUAGCCAAUAAUGGUAAUGUCUUGAACCAAUGAAGUUAAUUUUUCUUUGACAAGUAAAACAACAUAGAUAUAGACUAUAAACAAAUAGAAGAAAGUACUCGAACAAAAGCAACCCAUCUUCUCGGGUCUCGUGAUCGUGUGCUUCCUGCGAUGAGCCAAUUGCAGCUCCACAUCCAUUAGUCACCACUCGUACCACUCGGCACUUCAUAUAAGUUAGUACCACUGCCUCUCCCUUAAACAAAUAAAAAGGCAGAGACGAAUUCUAAGUUUCAUGCAUCCCUCCAUCUCGAAACUUAUAAGAUCGUCAGGUAGGAUGGCACUGCAUUCCGCGAGCGGGGGCAGUGCGAAAUACAUCUUCGCACCGGCGGGGAAAGAAGCCCACGGUCAAGCAGACCAGUUCACAAAAGCAGCUCUCACGCGCGCCGAUCUCGACGCGACGUCACCAGUCCGGCAGUUCCACGCCUGGUUCGCAACAGCUCAGCAAUCAGGUCGCGUAGCACACCCGGAGACAUGCUGUCUCGCGACGGCGUCGCUGCCGUCAGGCCGAGUGUCUUCGCGCAUGGUGUAUCUCAAGGAGCUUGACGCCGAGGGCUUCGUGAUCUACAGCAACUUCGGCACGAGCCGCAAGGCGCGCGAUCUCGCCUCCAAUCCCUGGGCUAGCCUGACCUUCUGGUGGGAGGAGCUCGAGCGACAGGUCCGUGUCGAAGGGCCCGCCACGAGGCUCUCGCGCGAGGAUAGCCAGAAGUAUUUCGAUACGCGGGUGCGUGAGAGCAGGAUCGGGGCCUGGGCGAGUCGGCAGAGCCAAGUCUUGACGCCUGGUGCUAGUACUGGCACGGCUGAGGGCGGUGAUGACGGUAGGGAAGAACUUGAGGGCUGGGUGAAGGAGGUUGAAGAGAGGUUCGAGGGACAGGAACAUAUACCUAUUCCGGAAUUCUGGGGUGGCUUGAGGAUCGUGCCAGAGUCGGUCGAGUUCUGGCAGGGUCGCCAGAGCAGGUUGCAUGACCGAUUCGUCUACACAAAGAAGGACUCUACUCCGGGUGGGAGUGACGAAUGGGUUCUAGAGAGGCUCAGCCCAUGAUGAUAUGAUGAAUAGCAUAUAAUAUUGGGGUAAAACAGCUGUAGCAGUGAAUGAAUAGAGACUACGUCAGAAUAAUAGAGAUUAACGUUAUACAGCGUCAAGAAGCAAUAUCAACUUCCCAUACAUGAA